AUGUCUGCCAAGACCCCUGAUGCUCCAACCAAAAAUAAAGCGGCUGCAGUGAAAGAUGCAGACGAGGUUUCAGAGGAAGGCCAAGCGCAGACUGGAGUAUUGGGCUGGUUUUCUAAUGGGUUCGUCAGCGCGCUCCCACAGCCUGCGGCCAGCCCCCGACUCAGCAGAGCCAACUCUGAAGCCAAGUCCGGAGAAGAUGGAGACAGGUCUGGAGUGAUCACCUGGGUCACUCAGGGUCUGACCAAAGUGCUGCCUCAGCCUGACGACAAGUACAGAGAGACUGAGAAGGACUCGAAGGACGAGGAGCACACGGAGGUGUACAACGUAGCCACGAUGCCAGAUUUCGAUCCACUUCCCCACAUCCCUGUGGUGGAGAUGGUGUCAGACGACGAGGACACAGAGAGUUUGGCCCCUCACUUUCCUCCCAAUGUGGUGACCUGGAUAAAGCAGAUAGUUCCUCAGCCGGUCAUACUGCCCCCUGGUGCUGUGCCCGUGGAACCGUCAACCAAGUCCUCCUGCACCUCUCUGGAUAAAAUUCUGUCUCCGCCGCCUGAAUCGCUCAGUGGAAUCUCACUGGAUACUGAAAGCAAGGCCUCUGGUGUGGUGAACUGGUUUGUGUCAGGGCUGGGUCUGAAGAUGCCGCAGCCUGUUUCUCCAUCCAAGGAUGAAGCUAAUACGGUACCUGAACUCAUUCAGAAAGCAUCAGCCAAACUCAAACCAGACAUGGUGCUGGAAGACGUGGAGUCGGACAACGAGGGCCAGCACAAAUGUGCAGAUGCUCCCAAAGCUCAAGCUCCGUCCGCAUCCCUGGUUCCACCAUCACCUGCACCCCAGCAGCAACAGGAAGUGACACAACCCUCACAGUCGCUUUCAGUGGAGUCACAGAAAUGCAGCGCCGCCCCUCCGGAGCCACAACCGUCAGAGAGUGCCACAAAGAUAUCUCUGGAAGAUGCAGAGACCCAGACAGGCCGCUGGACGCCGUUUAUUGAAAACAUCAAGAAGGAGGCCGAAGGGGUGGCGUUGGCUACCAUGGAGGAGCGUCUGCUUCAGGAGAGGGUGGAGAUGGCCCGGAUGGCUGAAGAGGUUGCCAGGCAGACAGCUGAGAUGGCCGUUAGACAGAUGGCCAGUGAGGGACAGUCCAUCAAGCUCUCGCUGGGGAGUCAAGAGCUCCUGGAGGAGCCUGAAGCCGAGCUGCCGGUGCCGCUAGAAGAGGAGAGCGAGGUGGAGAUCAGCAAAGCCCCAGAGAAGAACGAGAGCCUCCCUCAGGAGGAGCAGAAAGCUGAGACUGAGGAGCCCACCGUCAACGAGCCAGAGCCGCAGGAGGAAGCCUCGACCUCACCGCCUCCGAGCAGUGAGCCAGUGGAGAUUUCUGAGCCUAAGCCAGAACAAGCACUAGAAGCAGAAACCAAGAGCCCAGAAGCUCCUCCAGAAGCUGAGCCCAUCACUGAGCAGCCGCAGAAAAACGAAGACGUCGGUCAAACUGCUAACGCUGACAAGGCUCCUGAAAAAGAGGAGGAAGCUACUGGGGAUGACUGCGGUGAGAGCUCCAACAUCAGCCUUCGCCCAGCUGUUAAUGUAGAGGAUGUUGACUCUGAUCAUGAGAGGGCAGGAGGAGCAAAAGGAGGAGGAGGAGGAGGAGGGGAAGAACAAAUCCCCCAAAUCCUCACCCCACAGGACCCAAAGCUUACAACCCUCACUGUUCCUGUGACCCCUUCAGGUCGUCAAAGUAAAGGAGAUAAAGAUAGUGGAAGGAAUCGCAGGAGCGUCUGGACAAAGAUCAGGAGGCUUCAUUCUGAAAGCGAGGAUGACGAUGAAGAGGCAAACAUCCCCGUCAGAGCCUGGCCCAGCCAGUCCAGCCUGCACAGCACAGACGACGUUCUGAAAGAACGUCCAGCAUCUUCUGCCAGUCAGACCAGCACGGUGGUCAACGAGAGGCUUCAGGAGCUCGUCAGGAUGUUUAAGGAGAGAACGGAGAAGGCCAAGGAGAAACUCAUCGACCCAGACAGCUCGGAUGAAGACAGCAUUAUCACCUCUCCUCCUCAGCCUCCAGCUCCUCAGCCUGCUCUUGGAGCUCAGCCGCCAGAUGGGAACGAGACGCAAGCAGGUCCGUCAGGAGGAGGAGGAGUAGAGAGCGGAACGGAGGAGGAGCAGCCUGGCCGUUGCUGCAAGGUGAAAACACCUCGGUGGAUACGAGCCUGUGUGCGAUUCCGCUUCCCCGCCAGCAUCGACCCUUUCACCAACCUGAUGUACGUGCUCUGGAUGUUUUUGGUGUCUCUGGCCUGGAACUGGAACGUGUGGUUCAUCCCGGUGCGCUGGGCCUUCCCCUACCAAACCCCGGACAACAUUCACUACUGGCUGUUAACCGACUACCUGUGUGACCUCAUUUACAUCCUGGACAUCGCUGUUUUUCAGCCGCGCCUGCAGUUUGUGCGUGGAGGGGACAUAGUGUGUGACCAAAAGGAGAUGAGAAAGAAUUACAUGAAAACCAAACGUUUUAAGUUUGAUGUGGCCAGCCUUGUUCCCCUUGAGCUCUUCUAUUUUAAAACUGGCAUCAACCCUCUGCUCCGCUUACCACGGCUGCUGAAGAUCAAGUCCUUCUUUGAGUUCAACGAUCGUCUGGAGGCCAUCUUGACCAAAGCCUAUAUCUACAGGGUGAUUCGUACCACCACCUAUCUUCUUUACUGUCUGCACUUUAAUGCCUGUCUCUACUACUGGAUCUCUGACUUCAUAGGACUGGGACUGACUCAGUGGGUGUACAAUGGCGAGGGUAACAGUUACAUUCGCUGUUACUACUUCGCAGUGAAGACCCUGAUUACCAUUGGGGGUCUGCCAGAUCCCACCACCCUGUCUGAGAUCAUCUUCCAACUCAUCAACUACUUUAUCGGAGUCUUUGCUUUCUCAAUCAUGAUUGGACAGAUGCGCGAUGUUGUCGGUGCAGCUACAGCAAGUCAAACCUACUACCGCAGCUGCAUGGACAGCACUAUUAAAUACAUGUCCUCCUACCGCAUCCCGAGAGACGUCCAGAACCGGGUCAAAACCUGGUAUAACUAUACCUGGCAAUCACAAGGCAUGCUGGACGAGCAGGAGCUGCUGAAUCAGCUGCCAGAUAAAAUGCGUCUGGACAUAGCGAUAGAUGUCAGCUACUCCAUUGUGAGCAAAGUCCCUCUUUUUCAGGGUUGUGACAGACAGAUGAUUUUCGACAUGCUAAAAAGCCUGCGCUCUGUCGUCUAUCUCCCGGGGGAUUAUGUCUGCAAAAAGGGCGAGGUGGGUCGGGAGAUGUAUAUCAUAAAGGCUGGAGAGGUGCAGGUGGUUGGAGGCCCAGAUGGGAAGACUGUAUUUGUCACUCUUAGAGCAGGAUCAGUCUUUGGAGAAAUCAGCUUGCUUGCAGUCGGCGGUGGUAACAGGCGCACAGCCAAUGUGAUUGCUCAUGGCUUUGCCAAUCUAUUCAUCCUGGACAAAAAAGACCUGAAUGAGAUCCUGGUCCACUAUCCAGAGUCCAAGAAACUGCUGCGCAAGAAAGCCAGGAAGAUGCUUAACAAAGGAAAGAAACCUGAACCUAAAGAAGAGGCUAAGGAACCCCCUCUGGUACCAGCAGCUCCUGUCAGGGCAGAGACGCCCAAACUGUUGAAAGCAGCUCUUGAGAUGACGGAGAGAUCGUCGGGACUUAAAGGCGCUUUGGCAAAAGUCAAAGAGAAGACGAACAAGUCCAGCAUCUCCUUACAGCCGUCCAUCUCCUCCCCCCUCCCACCUCCAUCCCCCGCCUCCAGCUUGGAACCUGACAGGGAAGUGGACACGCCAUCACCCAUGUCUGCCGGCUCUCCGACAUUUCGCUCUGCUUCCCGGUGUCGGUACUCUGCGAUGCCUCAGUCACCCUCUGAGUGCCACAGCGACACAGUCACGAAGGAGCCAAUCAGUGAUGAUGAAGGAAACAGGAAGAGGAAAGAAAAAAAGUCGUGAUUACUUUCUAUUUAUUUAAAUGUAUUUUCAAUUGUAUAGCGCCAAAUCCCAAUAGCUGCUGCCUCAAGGCGCUUUAGGGGAAAGACUCGAUGAUAUUAGAGAGAAAACCUCAGUAAUCAGAUUCCCCCCCCCCCAC